AUGAAACGCUUCUUCUCGUUUGACCGAGAAGAAAAGGGCUUGCCUCCUGUCGAAGGCAAUGCGCCUAAACAGCCUUCUUACUACCCCAAUUCUGAUUCUUCACAAAUCAACCCGCAAUUGACAGAAGAACAAGAACGAGAGCGCACAAGUCAACUAUACCAUAACCGCGCAAAAUUAAUACCUGCAGACAACAAACUACUCAUUUUUCGCUCCCUGACGGGUAUUGACCACGUCCCUGUCUUGUCCAAAGACGGCUUUUUCCAACCGCGUCAUGCACCCAAUGUCGGUAUAUACACACGCGUCGUGCAGGCAGAAAAAACUGCUGCUUUGCGUUAUCGUGCAUUUAGCAUCUUGAUCAACACUUGCCUAAGUGUGCAAAUCGUGGUUGCCGCCGCGUUGACCGCGAUUGGAGCUGCCAAAGGUCCUCAUGGAGUUAUUACCGCUUUUGGCGCCAUCAAUACCAUCAUGGCUGGUAUUCUUACAUACCUCCGUGGAUCAGGACUACCAAACCGCGAGAAAAACGUCGAAAAAGCUUGGGGCCAGAUCCGUGAAUACAUUGAACAGCGUGAACGUGAAUUCUGCCUGGAAAGUUGCGCAUUGAACGUCGAAGAGGAAAUACGUAUCAUUGAACAGAUGUAUGAAGAGGUCAGAUUACAGAUGGAGUCUGGAAAUUCCAACGACGGUAGCUCGAGGGGUAGUGCCAAAAGCAUCGACGCAAUCCGUGAGGCAAGGAAGAGUGCUAUUAUCGGCCAGAAUAGCGGAGCCGUGAAAGAAGCUCUCUCCGGACAUACAGGUAUAGAAGAAGCUAGAACUGCUGUUGCAGCUGAAUCGGGUCGAGCUGAGAACAAUCUCCGUGAUCGGUUGGGACAAUACGGCGAUCAAUUGCGAAAUACUAGCGACAAUGGUCGGGUUGGGAAUAUUCGCGACGAGUUACGGCACGUUGGGGACUAUUUCAGACAAGCGGGUGAAAAUAUCCAACAUAGAGGUGAAGAUAUUCGUCAGACGGGAGAGAGCAUGCGACAGACUGGCGAAGAACAGCUCCGACACACGGGCGAGCAGGUUCAGCAGGCGGGCGAGAAUUUACGAAACCCUGAACUUAGGGUCUCUAUUCAAACAACACAAUCAAACUCGAAACAGACUCAGACGGAUAAAGAUUUUCAAUAA